AUGGGAAGGAAGGAGCGAGAGAACAGGGAACUCGAACAAUUUGAAGGAGGAAGAACACAAGGAUUCGGAUGCGAUGGUUCAAAGCUUGACACUGAAUCAGAGGUGGAAUUUCGAAUUGGGGAAGGGUUCGUCGUGCAGGGGUUUUGCUGGGUUUUGCGCUCUUCGAGCGAAGAAGGGACGAGUGAGGCAGGCAAGGGGAGAAGGAAGCUGAAGUGA